AGUAGUGUGAGUUAUAAGGUUGGCUAUAAUAUUACUACUUUUUUCAACCUUCUGUUUUUUCUCUUUCUUCACAUUAUUGUAUUUGUCUACAAAUCCGCAUAUAGCUAGGCUCUUGCAUGAAAGUCCACUUUCCUUACCUUUUCAUCUCUCUCCUCCACAUAUGCAAAAACGUCAUGUACGCGGGCUAUAAGCCCACUAUUAUAUACUUGCUCUAAAGCUAAUCCAUAAACUUACUGUAUCCCAAAACAAAAUAUUACCGCUGGUUAUAGAAAAAUAAGAAAACAUUCCGUGUAGUAUAUAGUUAAGAAAAACACUAAUAUACUGUACAAAAGAUCCCAUCACCCAUGCAGAAAACAGAAGGAAAACGAAAGGCCAAAUAUUUACGCCUUUUUUGAUAGAAAAGAAAACGAGCAAAUUGAUUAGAGAGCCCGAAAGCGACGUGAUUCUUCCCCACACGCCCGAAAGGAACUGCAAGGGGCUGUGGCUGCGAUUACCUUAGUUGUUUGCUUCCCGGGCAACAGCUCAUCGAGAGCGAGUGUCAUGGCGUCCCUCACGCUUCCCGCCCGCGCGCUUCUUCCCUGGCGGCCCCCUUAUAUAGCGGAGUUCCUCCGCGUGCAUUAAUUUAUCCGACGGCGAACUGCAUGCACGCGCACACUCCGGCAGUCAGUCACCACUCUCACCCACGCACCCAUCGACUGAUACUGCAUUCCUUCUCAGUAGUGUAGUGUCGGGUAGUGCGGCCAUUGCCCUAGCUGAUCAAUCAAUGUCUGGGCAUGGGUCGUCGGGCAAGCACCCCUUCUACCGCGGCAUCCGGAGCCGGUGCGGGAAGUGGGUCUCGGAGAUCCGGGAGCCGCGGAAGGCCCGCCGCAUCUGGCUCGGCACGUUCCCGACGGCCGAGAUGGCCGCCGUGGCCUACGACGUGGCCGCCCAGGCGCUGCGCGGGCCCGACGCGGCGCUCAACUUCCCCGCCUUAGCCGCCACGCGCCGCGCCCCGGCGUCCACCUCCGCGGACGACAUCCGCGCGGCGGCGGCCGCCGCAGCCGUCUCCGUCCAGCACGAUCGCGCCGGCGGCGGCAUUGCCCCCGCGGCUGCUGGAUCCGCACUGCAGCUGCAGCAGCAGCUGAGCGGAGGCAGUGCCGCCGCUGCCUCGGCGAGCGGCGCGGCCCAGCAGGAUCAAGCCGGCAUUGGGUUCAACCAGUUCUUCCUGGACGAGGAGGCGCUCUUCGAGACGCCGCAGUUCCUGCGCAGCAUGGCCGCCGGGAUGAUGAUGAGCCCCCCGAGGCUCAGCCCCGACUCCUCCGACGAAUCGCCGGACCCUUCCGAGGCCGGGGAGAGCCUCUGGAGCUACCGCGACCCGUAGCCAUAGAUCGAUCGAUCGAUCAUGGCCUCCAUGCCAUGGCGUCGCGACUUGCUACUAGUACCACUACUAUUGCUGCUACAGCACCACUACUGAACUUGGAGCCUGAAAUAACGAGGAUUGGUAAGGAGGCGCGUACCGGCGUUGAGACCCGUUUUUUCUCUCCGGUAACGCAUGCAGAUGUGGGUUUAGCGUCUGCCCUGAUCUCCUUGCACUU